AUGACUACGCUUGGUGCAUGUGGAGGCGGUGGUUGGACUAUGGUUAUGAAGGUGGAUGGUUCCAAGGACACUUUCCAAUAUCAUUCCAAUCUCUGGGGUAACAUGGUGGAGUUUGACGCUUCUGCGGGGAUGACAGGAUUUGACGAACAGGAAACCAAGCUUCCAACUUACUGGAAUACAAGUUUCAAGUCGAUAUGCCUCGGUAUGAAGAACGGUGAUGAAACUAACUUCGUCUUGAUCAAUGAGCCGGCUGAUUCUCUGUAUUCUUUGAUAGCGGAUGGGCAAUACCGUAGCACUUCAUUGGGUCGCGACUCAUGGAAGUCGCUGAUUGGUUCAGAGGCCUCUUUGCAAAACUACUGUUAUGCCGAAGGGUUCAAUGUACACCCGAAUUCAACCAAUUCGAAGGCGAGAAUCGGUUUGAUCGCCAACAACGAACAAAGCUGUGGAACCUGUGAUUCUAGAAUUGGUUUUGGUUGCACAGGCGCGGGCUCCUAUACGUGUGGAAAUAGGGCAGCCAAUGGUGCAGACAACGGAGAUAAAAAUAUCAAAGUGAUGGGAUACAUCUUUGUUCAGUAA